AUGGCACCUACUCCACCGCCAAAGCAGAAAGGAAAGUUGACCCUUGCUCAGCUUGCGGCUUACGAUGACAUUGUCACCGACGCGUUGGUCGAUCGCGCGUUUUUCUGGACCAAGAUUCGUAAGAACCGACCCAAAUACUUUGCCGUUCGGGGCGUUGUGGAGGACGAUGUCACCUCGAUAUUGCUCCACGACGUUAUCGUCGCCAAAGACGUGAUAAAGGCGGAAGAAUCAUUGCUGAAUCUCUCGGGCCUCAGAAAAUAUGUUGAGAAGCUCAAAUCUGACAAGGAGAAGGAAUGGUUCCGUCGCCACCUUCGAAAAUAUAUUGCAAUUUACCUCCCCGACUGCCCUUUCGAAGUCACGACUACGAACCGCUACACCAUCACUACCCAUGAGGCUGCGCUGUCAGCCAGGAAAUUUAUACGCACGGGUGACACUAUUAAGCAUCUUUCGGGGACCCUCGUCGCAAUUACCCCUGAGGAGGAAAAGACCCUCGACUUGACAAGGCGAGAUUUCAGUAUUGUCAUGUCAAGUAGGAAAAAGACACCAUCGCUUUUCCUUGGACCAGCGAGAUUCUCGAAUCAUGACUGCAAUCCCAACGCCCGGCUGGUUACAAAGGGCUCAGAAGGCAUGGAAAUCGUGGCCAUUAGGGACAUAUCCAUCGGCGAAGAGAUUACGGUGUCAUACGGGGAAAAUUACUUCGGGGUAGAUAAUUGCGAAUGCCUCUGCCAUACUUGCGAACUUUCUCUGAGCAAUGGAUGGUCCCCAGGUGGCCCGCCGGAACACGAUAGUCGUGCCUCCACACCAGAAUCAACAACAGAACACCAGGAGAAAAGUUCCUCAGGCUCCGAGAAGAGAAAAAGCCCUCCCGAAUCUCCUUCACACCCGUCAGAAGAUAUGCCUUCAAAAAGGCCUAGGUUCGAAAACAUAUUAAAUCUACGACUAGAGCUUUCCCCUCCAAGCAGCCCUGACCCUAUUGCUGAGCCUUUGAUCACGGUUAACGGCGGCUUACGUGCGUUGAGAAGUCACUUCGCUUCGUUGGCCGGUAAAUCUGAGCUACGACACUUUCAGAAACCCCAUUCGAAUUUCAUCUCAGCCUCGUCUUCGAGCGACCAAACUUCCUGCAGUUUAUGUCCGGAUGACGAGGCACCUACUUCCACGAGGUCAACGUCAGCCACGUCGGUCAGCGAUUCAAAUGUGCCGGUAAAAACUGAACCUACAGUGGAGCAGCAACCCAGGGCCUCAUCUGAAACCGCCAGCAAGACCAUUUCGGGAGAUCAUGGUUUACACGUUCAAGACGUUAUCCGAGAUAAUGACGAAUCGGACUUAUCAGACCUCUCGGCAUCGUGGGAAAUCAAUGACCGUGAAAUGACAGCUGUCAAGCGAGAGCCUGUUAAGAAGAAGAAGAGGAAACGAAAAAGUAGCAUUAUCCCCACUAUUGAACAUGAAGCCCCAAAAGCGCGAACGCCGGGCGAUUAUACGAAAACUCCAAAGCUCCUUGCACAGCGGUAUGACCGCUGGGUGGAUUGCCAGACGUGUAAUGCUUGGUUUGUCCAAGGAGACGCCUAUCUCACUCGGAAAGAAUGUCCACGAUGCGAACGACAUUCCAAGCUAUAUGGCUAUUGUUGGCCUAAAACCGACAGGGAAGGUCGGAAUGAUACUGAGGAGCGUGUGAUGGAUCAUCGCACUAUCCACCGGUUCUUGAGGACGGAAGAUGAAGCGCGUGUUCAGCGCCGAGGCCGUGGUGUCAGCCAUGCAACCAGUCCGACGCCGGACGUUUCUGAGAACAAGACAGAAACGGAUGCAAGCGAAUUCGGCGACGAAAGACGACUUACAAGGUCACUGAGGCGUGCGAGGAGUUCUUUACAUCUAGCAAUAUGA